AUGUCCGAGUCAAAAAAACUUGGUGAGCUUGUAGUUAUCGCCAUCAGGGCUAAAAACUUAGCUACUCGCGAUAUUAUCGGUAAAGGAGAUCCGUUUGUUACUUUUCGUAUAGGUGAAGAAGCAAAAAGAAUAAAGGCAGAAAAAAAGGGUGGACAACAUCCUGAAUGGGAUGAAGAAGUACGUUUUGACCUUGUGGAUAAUCCAAACAACAAGAAAAUGAAAAUUCAGGUUCUUAACGAAGAUAAAAGAGAACAUAUCCUUAUUGGUGACUCUUUUAUAGAUUUAUCUCAAGUUUUAGAAAAUGGAGAGUGGGAUGAUUGGCACGAAAUUAAAUAUCGUAACAAGUAUGCUGGCGAGGUCUUCCUUGAGAUGACAUUUUAUUAUGCUGAUGCACCGCCACCACAAAAACAAUUGCAAGCACAACAUCAACGACCACAACCUACAAGUGCACCCCCUUCUAUACCUUUUCAACCUCCUCCACCUCAACCAAACUCUUACGGACCAAGCGCAACACCUUACCCUCCUGUUGUGACGAAUCAACCACCUAUGUCGGCUCCAUCUGCUGUUGGAUAUCCUCCUCAAAAUGUUUAUCCUUCAUCUCCUCCCCUAUCUCAACCACCUCAAUUCUUUGGUCCUCAACGGACUCAAUCGCCCGUUUCUUCUCAAUAUCCACCAGUGUCAACUUCGGUAUAUCCGCCACAAGCGCAAGCAUCACAAGUACCAAAUGUAUACCCAACACAACAAGCACGAGUAUAUCCUCAAAUGGGAGGAGCUUAUCCGCCAAUAUCUUCUCCUCCUGAAAGCGGUAAUCUAGCUUUUCCAGUACCAGUUCCGACCCCUGGUGGAGCGUCACCAUUUGGCGGACCAUAUCCUUCAUAUAAUGCAUAUCCUCCAUCUUCAGACUUUAAUGCUUCACCUCAACCUCCUUCAUCUGGCGGUUAUCAACAAUCUCCUUAUCCACCUAAUAAUGCUUAUCCUCCGUCAUCCGGAGGAAGCACAUAUCCACCACCACCACAAAACACCUAUAGUCAAGGUUACCCUUACCCGCCUAAUCCUAAUCCUAAUCCUUAUCCGCCAAAUGGUCCUUACUAA